AUGAAUGAUUUGGCUCCAAUGGAUAAACCAGGACCAAUGGGUGGUCAAUGUGAAAUGCAAACUUAUCAAAUGGAGACGUUCUUAAAAGAAAACUUUGAUUUUGAAAAUAUUCCUGGUGAAUAUAUUGUUCAAGGAGUGAAAUCAUUUCGAAUUGGUCAACUACCAUCGUUACAGUCUUUAGAUAAGAAUUUAAUAAUCAAAUUUCCGUCUGAAAUACAUGAAAAUCCAUUUGAAAUGACUAUUGAGGAAAUACGACAAUGGCAACAAUCAUAUAUUGUUUAUGCUUGUCAAGAUAAUGAUUUGUCUAUUGAUAAAGAAUUCCUUAAACGAGCUCUACAAGGUCAAAGUAAAGAUGGUGACGAAGCAUUUCGUAUGAAAUUUGUUAUUCGAAUAAGUACCUGUCCUAUCUUAAUGGAAUUCGAUGCUCAAGUUAUUCCACGAAAAUUAGAUGAAGAAUGGCCUAAUAGAAUUAAACUUGUAUCUGUAACUGGUAUUGAUUUUGCCGGACGAAAACAUGAUAUUCAAGAUAUCUAUACGUAUUUGACCAACUGGAGAAAUGUUUAUGCACUUGAUCCAUACACGAAUGAACCAUUAAUAUAUGGUGGACGAGAUUUUUGCCCUAACAGAAAUGUUCGUGGUGUACUCGACGAAAAACGUUUAUAUGAUGAUCUGAUUCGUAUGGCUCGUUUACGACUUCGUGCAUGUGAUUAUGAGGGGGUGCAAAUUGUUGUUGAAACAGGCAUUGGAUUGGGCGUCUUUGCUGGUCGACAAAUUGGUAUUGAUCAUCAAACACGUUCAUUUACAGCUCGAGCCAUCAAACAAGUUCUUGAAGAAGAUGGUCCCAGUUACUCCAAAAUUAAAGCCGUAGUGUUUGCUUUACCUAUUUUCGAAAUUGAUGAAUCAACGUCAACAUAUAACUAUUGUGAAACACGAUCUGAAAGGAGUGUUGAAGUGUUUAGGGUCUAUAAAUCCAUCAUGGCCGGCAUAUUUUCUGUAGAAAAAAUGAACGAACGUCUGGAUGAAUUACAACUUGCAGUAAAAAACAAAGAAACUGAAGUAAAUCAAUUAAGAGAUCUUCUAAAAAAUGCUAAUUCAAAUGCAGAUGAAUUGGAAAUCAUUGGUGCAUUGACAACUUCAAACAGGGCUAUUGAACUGAUAAGACAAGAACGCGUGAAGAUUAUCGAACUUCUUAAAACGCAAAUAGAGAAAGGAACUAUUAGUUUACCAAGUAAAAAAAUGAGAAGAAGUCUACCACCUCCAACUAGUGGAUUCAAAUGGAAUUUUGAUAUUUUGGCAGCAUAUUCAAUAAAUUUUCAACUCGUCUAUACAUUGAACGAACUAUUGUUUCAAACACCACCAACAACAUCUGAUCGUGCAAAACGUUUUGUUGAUGCUUGUUCCAUUAUAUCUUAUGAAAAUUUAUUAAAGGUCAAGUUUCCAUCCGAUCCUCAAGCUUCAUGGCUCGCUAAACAUAUGUAUCUGAUCACAAGUAGUUGUUUUGGCAAUAUGGAAGCAUCAAUUGACGAUAUGGUUAUUGUUUUGUUCAAUGCUUUGGGUUUUAAUGAUGGAGAUUUAAUCACUGUGUCUCGAAACAGAUUGAAUUUUCAAAUGUCGAACAAGACGGUAUGUGCAGAUGCUGAUCUUACUGUUUUUAAUUUGAAGAGUAUGAUUUGUUUAGCACUUGUGAAGGAUAAAAGAUUUGAUAAAAGUUUAGGUAUAGAUAAAAGUGGUGAAUCACAAUUAAUUGCCGAAGCCAUUGCUGCUGCUAUGUACAAUAGAAAAAAAAUAAUUACUCGGAACAAUUUACGUCGAGCAAUAAGUGAACCACUAACAGAUGAUCCAAAACCACUUGAAGCUGCAAUGAUAAAUACGUUAUGCAUAUCAGAUGUAAGUCUUUAA